CAGGCAGAUAAGGCUGAGAGAUAAGCCACCUCUUGUGCUCACAAUCACACACCCCUUCCACACUCUUUAUUUUAUAUAUUCUUUUCCCACUUUGCCCCACUCAGAAACAAACACCUCACUGUCCUACCAAACUCCGCCAUGGCCACCGCCACCGCCGCCGCCACGUCACACUUCUUCGGCACCCGUCUCGGCAACACCACCUCAGACGCCGGAAAAUUCCACGCCCUCUUCAAAUUCGGCACCAAGAAAGCACCACCUGCUCCCAAGAAAAAACAGGUGAGAGUGACACCCGAAGAGGACCGUCUCGUGUGGUUCCCGGGCGCACAGCGACCCGAAUGGCUCGACGGAUCCUACAUCGGAGACCGUGGGUUCGACCCGCUUGGGUUCGCCAGACCCGCGGAGUAUCUGCAGUUCGACUAUGACGGACUGGACCAGAACCUGGCGAAGAAUCUCGCCGGCGACAUCAUCGGAACCAGGGUUGAGACCAAUGAAGUCCAACCGACGCCGUUUCAGCCGUACGCGGAGGUUUUCGGGAUUCAGAGGUUCCGUGAAUGCGAGGUCAUUCAUGGAAGGUGGGCCAUGCUUGGUGCUCUUGGUGCUUUGUCUGUUGAAGCUCUCACUGGGGUUGCAUGGCAAGAUGCUGGAAAGGUAGAGCUGGUGGAUGGGUCAUCCUACCUGGGACUUCCACUUCCAUUCUCAAUCACCACAUUGAUCUGGAUCGAGGUGUUAGUGAUUGGCUACAUUGAGUUCCAGAGAAAUGCAGAGCUUGACCCUGAGAAAAGGCUAUACCCAGGAGGCAAGUUCUUCGAUCCUCUGGGGUUGGCGAACGACCCUGAGGAGAAGGAAAGACUUCAACUGGCAGAGAUCAAGCAUUCUCGCUUAGCUAUGGUGGUGUUCCUGAUCUUUGCAAUUCAAGCUGCUGUAACAGGCAAAGGCCCUAUCAGUUUUCUUGCAACCUUCAACAAGUGACAUUAUAACAAAUGAAAUGAAGCGUCUUUAGCUCAUUCCAACUCUAUCAUGUGUAACUCAUCUCUUCCUAGAAUUUUAUUAAUUUUUUCCAUAUAUGCCUUGAGGACAAAACUGCUAUAUAUGUGUACCAUACGUGUGUCUAUGUACUCUGUUGUAUGCUUCUGUAUAAUGCAAUAAUGUAUUGCUGCUUGGUGUAA